GAGGCAUGCACAUCUUUCGCUCUCCCUGGCUACUUUUAUUUGUAUCUAAUGGAAGAUUGUCGUAAUGUGGGAUUGGCAAAGUAAUUGCAAUGUCAGAUAAACUUAGGUAAAAGGAAGUCCUUCGGAAAUUAAAGUGUUUGCUUGUAGCCACGAGCUAGGAGAAGUGAAUAGAGAUUGUUUAAAUUUAUAAAUGUACGUGCGAUGAUUCUAAUGGGAGCAAAUUAGUAAAUGUCUGCAAUGCCGUUCCUGUCAUAGUUGAAUGCAAGAGUAUAGCAGUUCAUGGUGUAUUCUGUCACAUUAGGCAUUUGGUUUGGAGUUAUGGAUAGCUCAUUACUGAGAAGGUCUCACUCUAUUGAAGAUGAAGCUGAGCUUCAGAAGGAUAGUGACAGUGAUGAUGGUUUACUCUAUAAGAUUAUAACCUCAGCAGAGAAAUUUCAGGACUUGAAACUGAAGGAACUUCCCCUGGUCCAUCAGACAAGAAAGAAAUCUGAGAAUGGCAGUACUUCAAGCUUAGUAGAUCCUGAUGAUUCUUGGAUGAUUGGAGGAUCAUUGGGUUCAAGAAAUACAGUGCUGAGGUUCCGAUGCAACGCCCUCUCAGACCCCCCUGUUGAUCCUCCAGCAAAUGAGCUUCAUAUGACCUACAAGACAAUCCAGGCAGAAACCAAACUAUUGUCUGCUGUUCUCCAUUCCCAUGGCAUGCGAGAAGUUCAUCCAAACAUUCCGGACUUCAACCUGCUGUGGACAGGGGUCCAUCCAAAACCCCAUUUGCUGAAAGCCAUGGCACCUUAUCAACGGGUCAAUCAUUUUCCCAGGUCAUAUGAACUAACACGCAAGGAUCGUCUGUACAAGAAUAUUGAGAAGAUGCAGCAUGCAAAAGGAGCAAAACACUUUGACUUUAUUCCUCAGACAUUUGUGAUGCCAGUGGAUUUUCGAGAACUUUGUUCAUCGCAUUACAGACACCGUGGUCCAUGGAUUGUAAAGCCAGUUGCUUCCUCAAGAGGACGCGGUAUUUAUAUUGUCAGUAGUCCUGACCAAGUACCUCUCGAAGAGACUGUAGUUGUUGCAAAAUACAUUGAUAAUCCUUUGCUGGUGGAUGGACACAAAUGUGAUUUGCGGUUAUAUGUGGCUGUGACUUCAUAUGACCCUCUCCUUGUGUACUUAUAUGAGGAGGGACUAGUACGGUUUGCGACUGUGAAAUAUGACUUAAGUGGCAAACACCUGUGGAACCCAUGUAUGCAUCUGUGCAAUUACAGCAUAAACAAAUACCACUCAGACUAUAUCAAGAGUGAGGACCCAGAUGCAGAGGAUGUUGGCCACAAGUGGACUCUGAGUGCGUUGUUGCGGCAUUUACGUGCACAGGGAACAGACACCUCAGUCUUGAUGCAGAGGAUAGAGGAGGUAGUGGUGAAGGCUAUCCUAGCAUCUGCUCCACCUAUUAUAUCUGCUUGUCGCAUGUUUGUACCCUACCCUCGCAACUGUUUUGAACUGUAUGGUUUCGACAUUUUGAUCGACUCAACCCUGAAACCGUGGCUGUUGGAAGUGAAUCUGUCUCCGUCUCUUGGUUGUGAUUCACCUCUGGAUGUUCGAGUGAAGUCAGCCAUGUUGGUUGAUCUCUUGACUCUAGUUGGUUUGCCUACUGUAGAUCCAAUGCUUCGUCGUGCCAACGAAUGUCACCGGCCUCAAAGUCAAUUAGAUAUUCUGAAAAAACUUAGUUGUCGACGUGUCCACUCUGCUGAUGCCCUGGCUGGUAGCAGCAGUAAUAUUGGAAGGAAGCCACCUCCGAUAGUCACAUCUUCACGGUUGAUUGCUAGUUCUCUUUCACUCUCUCCGGAAGAAAAUCGAAUCAUCAAGUCAGUUCGUGCAGAAUUUGAACGUAGGGGUGGCUUUGUUCGAAUAUUCCCAUCAGCUGAAAGCUGGAAACGUUACGGGUGUUUCCUAGAUCCAGUGACUGGAAUUACAUGUACUUCAGCAGUGUCUGGGAGUCAUUUGUGUGCCCCACCUAUGGUGGUGCCACGUAACUACAACCUUCUUAUUCAUCAGCAGCUGUUUCCUGAGCUACAGUCAGCUUGUAAAGCUAUGGAUGGUGCACCACUUCCAGAUCGCCUUACUCGCUAUGAGAGAGCCCUUCUUCAAGGUCACAAGGCCAGUUUAGAUGAAGGGCAUCUUGACAGGUCUGGAGGAGAAAAUGAUGACUCUGAUGCUGUUGAGGAGCGGAAGGAGGUGACAGAACUGAAAAAUGAAGUAAUUCAGAAUAUGGAAGAUGGUAGCAGACUCAGCCAGUACCAGGCUCGGCGGACAUUUUCUCAGUAUCUCAUCUGUAUUCUGCGACAAAUAUCUGGUCAGAACAAAGCUGAUCCUGUAAUUGAGGACCAUGGUGAAUUGAUUCUGCGCUUCCUACAAAAGGCUUCCUCCAAUCUGCGUACUCCAUAUUUUGUCCAGGACCGCAUGGCUGUGGUGGCUAAACAGCUGAAUGAUUUCAUCUACCUCUACAACAGAGAAACAGAUCUUUAUAGUGAAGGAGGAGAGACACCCAACAUCGUGCCAGGCAAGCUUUACCAGCAGUUUCUUGCUGCAGCUAAUGAGCAAGAUCUUGAGGAAGUUCUGUCAGUACAGACACGGCUGUACAAGUGUACACAUUUGUACGUGGGUCGUUCAGGUUCCAGUCCUAACAGCAUGAGGCCAUUUGGUUUACUUCGAUCACUGCCGUACACUCCAAGAGGUUCGGACAAGACUGACUGUGAAUGUAGUGCAUCACAUCAUCGGAAAACACUGCCAUGUCUGUCUAAGAGUGGAUCAGCUAUAGGAGCGUCGGCCACAACACAGCAGAGCUCAAGUUUGCCUUCCACUGCUGCUGGUACAGGCAAGAGGCAGAGCCUUAAAAUAUCUCGAGCACUGUGA